AUGGCAGACCUGACACCGGACGAGCUCGCGCGGAAAAGAAAGGAGGAGCGCGAGCGGGCCAAGGCGGCCGAGGCUGUGACCGAGUUCACCCCCGAGCGCGCGGACGAGCUCAGGCAGUCGCUCGACGAGGUCCGCGCGCACAUCGUCGCAGCGUCCGGCGCUGCGCAGAAGCACGGAUCGAAGCCGAGGCUGAUGGCUGUGUCCAAGACGUUCACGGCGGGUGACGUCGUCGCGUGCUUCGAGGCUGGACAGCGGGACUUUGGCGAGAAUUAUCUGGAUAUGCUGCAGCAGAAGGCGGCGCUUGUAGGCGGAGAGCUGGAGCGGAAGAAUCUUCCAAAAGACAUCCGCUGGCACUACAUCGGCGACAUCCAGCACAAGGGCAACAAGCUCGUCGAAAUACCCACCCUCUACGCCGUGCACACCGUCUACAAACUCUACCACGCAACCGACAUCGACAAAGCCCUCCGCAAAGCCUCCUCUUCCCCUACCUCCGCCCCCUCCCCACGCACCAUCAACAUCUUCCUCCAAAUCCGCACAGACGAAGGCAAAGACGUCGGCCUCCCCCCGCCCCCACUCACCAGCACCGGCACCAGCAACGACAGCGGCACGGACGAUUUCGCAGAAACAGAAAUAGCAAAGCUCGCACUGCACAUCGUCUCCUCCUGCCCACACCUCCGCCUCGCAGGGCUCAUGACCAUCGCGCGCGAGACCGAGUCCGCACGGACGGACGGGGGCAACGCCGAUUUUGAAACGCUCGUGCGCACGCGCGAUUUGCUGCAGGCGUUUUUGGAGCGCGUGAAUGCGCAGAGGGCUGAGAAGGGUGAAGGGGAGACACUCAUAAGGUGGGGCGAGGAGGGGGACGAGGGGCGGCUGCAGCUGAGCAUGGGCAUGAGCGGCGACUACGAGACGGCGCUCGCGAUGGGCGCAGACGUGAUUCGCCUGGGCAGGCAUGUGUUUGGGCACCGGGCGUAUAAGCCCAGGAAAGAGAAGAUGGCUUGA